CAAACAGUUGUGUUCCGAUCGCGCCACUGAGAAGUACGAAGUACGGUGAAUCACCACCAUUUGAGCGUUGACACUUCGCCGAUUUCUCUUGUAUUCGGAGUUGGCAGCGAACUCGAAUCAACAACAGCAACGGAAGUAACUGCGUGAACCCCCAUAAAACAGAACCUGACCCACAAAAUCCCAUUAGCACAUAGCAGCGCAGAGCUAGCAAAGCUGAGAAAAGGUCACACGUUUUUACAGCAAUAAUAAUGUUUGGUAAUGACAAUGUAGACCAAGCACAGCAGAAGGAGCAACAGCAGCAGCAGCAGAAGAAGGCUUCCGGACCAGCGAGUUCGAAUCGUUUCAAUAUUAGCUUCUAUGUUAAAAUUGCUGUAAACGUAAACACAACUAUGUCCACCACCAACAUCAGCCAGCAGUCGUCCCUGACAGCGGCGACAUGCCAGAGAAAGCAGCAGAGCCGCUGCUUUGAUUUGCGGCAGCAAGUGACGCGGCUGGGCCGGCAGCUGGCCAGCGGCCAGGAAGGACACGAGGGCAUAUCCGCAAUUCUGAUUGUGAAUCUCAUGCUAUUGAUUCUGUUGUCGAUUUGCUGCGAAGGGUGUCGCUCUCACGAUGGAAGGCAUUUUAAUUACUCAGGCAUGCCAGAAAAGUUCCAGGACCAUCUGGGUCUGCUCCCAAAGCUGGACAGUGACGUGGUGGAAAAAGUUGCCAUUUGGCACAAACACGCUGCAGCCGACACGCCCAGUAUAGUGGAGGGAAUUGCCAUCAGCAGCAUAUCCCGACCAAUACAAGCACCAGCACCGGCACCAGAGGAUGGAGUCGAUGAGCGUGUAGUCCUGGAACGCGUCACACGUGAGUGUGUGCAGCGUUGUAUUGUGGAGGAGGACUUGUUUCUGGACGAGUUCGGAAUCAAGUGCGAAAAUGCGGACAGCAGCGAGAAGUGCUACAAAAUACGCUGCACCAAGGGAUGUGCUCAGUGGUACAGAGCCCUCAAGGAGCUGGAACCCUGCCAAGAGGCUUGUUCCUCGCCGCAGUUCUAUUCCCACGACAUGCCCUGUAUCGGCGCCUGCGAGAUGGCCCAGCGCAGUUACUGGCUCUUACAGCGCCACGCCAUGACUCAGACGGUGCAAAGGACACAGCCACAGUUCGUGCAGGCACCCAGUCAGGAGCGACGGGACACGCCUCUGACUAUCAAGUGGGCUAUGCACUUGCCGGAGCACUACCUGUCCAGCCGACCUUUCAACAUCCAGUACCAGUACGCAGACCUACACCACGAGCAGAAUGGUGAUACAGAACAGAAGAAGGAUGGGGUGUGGUUUAAUUUGGCGGACUACGACUGCGACGAGUACUACGUCUGCGAAAUUCUAGAGCCCCUGAUGCCCUAUACACAGUACAGAUUCCGCUUUGAGCUUUCCUUCGGUGAGGGCAGCGACGAUGUGCUUUACUCGCCGGCUACACCCGCCUACCUAACGCCUUCUGAGGGUGCACCCAUCUCAGCGCCGGUUAUCGAGGAAGUGCUGCCGUUGGACGACAGUCACGUGGCCGUGCACUGGCACCCGGGCAGCUUCACCAACGGCCCCGUCGAGGGUUACCGCCUCCGUCUGAGCCGUUCUGGGGAUAACCUGACCACCGAGCAGCUAAUGGCGGUGCAACGGGGCAGCUUCAUAUUCUCGGAGCUGCAGGCCGACACCAAGUACCGGCUGGAGGUAACGAUGAUCAACAAGCAGGGCGAGGGUCCAGCGGCGACGGUUGUCAGCAUCGAGACACAUCCCGCCAAGGCGGCGCAACUGCACAAGGAUCAGGAUGGAGCCCACUCCCUGAGCGCGCUGGUGGCCGGGCAGCGGAGUAUCGUGUGGCAGGCACUGGCACCGGGCGGGGAGACACGACUCGUCCUGCACUCCGAGCAGCCCAUUAGUGACAUGUCCUGGGAGCAGAGGGAGCAGCGGCUGUGGAUUGUGGACGUAUUGGGAGAAAUGCGCAGCCUGAGACUGGAGCAGGGCCAGUCCACAUCCGGCAUCAGCACGGUGGAGAUACAUGGACAGAGGAAUAUCUCCGCCGAGUGGAUUCCACGGAAGCUCAGCCUGGAUUGGCUCCGCAGACGGCUUUACUUGGCUGUCGAGGCGGCGAGUCUCGGAUUUGCCUUGCUCAAAGUGGAUCUGGGCAGCACGGACUUUGAUGUGCUGUGUGAGGCCCUGGACCCUGUGCAGCAAUUGGAGGCUGACCCCUUAAACGGCUGGCUCUUCUGGAGCGAUGCUGAGAGCGUCUGGCGCCUCGAUUUGGGCACCAAGAAGCGCAUACGCAUCGCCAGGAUCCGGCAGCCUGGCUGGUUCACCCUGGACCCGCUGCACUGGCUGCUCCACCUGCUGGUGGCGCACGAGGGGAAGAUUCUAGAAAUCAGCUACGACGGCAGCCACAAAAUGUCUCUAAUCGCACUGCCCGCCAUGCCCACAAACUCGUGGCAGGCCUUCGCCCUCCAGGGCCGCUCCCUGCUUCUGGCUGGUUCCAGCCAGAUGCAGUUGCUGCUCGCGGAUCAGCCAAACCACGGGGGACUGACCACCUGGCCGCUGCACCACCUCCCUGACUGCUGGGGUCUAGUCCUACUCACCACAGAGCGCUACCCCUCGGCGCAUCCUUCUGGGGUGCCACGACGGCUCAACGCCGUGCUGGGCGCCCAGGCAGCACACAUAUCGUGGCAGGAGCCGGCCAGGAAUCGAUACCAGUCCGCCGACGCCGCUUUGGAUCUGAGCUACGAGCUCGAGGUACUGGACGUGGCUAGCCAGAGCGCGUUCAGCAUCCGUAACAUCCGCAGCCCCUACUUUGGACUCGAGCGCCUGCAGCCGGAUAAUCUGUACCACUUCCGCGUGCGAGCCAUGCGGUCCUCCGGGGAGGCCGGUGAGCCCGGUGCCUGGACGCAACCCCACGUAGCGCGCACCUGGCCUAUGGGCCCACAUCGCCUCCGCUGGGCCACCGCUCAGGGCGCCCUCUAUGAGACCAAUGAGCUGGGCGAGCAGCUGGUGCGGCGGGAGGGUCAGCUGGAGGCGCGACCCGGACCGCUAGCUAUGAUCAACGCCAGUGUGGGCUACUACGUGGCCGGAUCCGGCGUUUUGCACUGCAUCAAUGUGGAGCAGCUGCAUCUGCGAUGCCUGGUCCCCGAUGAGGUGCCCCACGCAGGGGCCGUGACGUACGACUGGAGGGGCGGUCGAGUCUACUGGUCGGAUGUGGCACGAAAUUGCGUGGUGCGCCUGGAUCCCUGGAGCGGGGCGCGCGAGCUGCUGCCCAUAUUUGGGGCCCGCCAGCUGGCCAUCGAUCCACGGCACGGCCAUCUCUACUACGCCACCGCAACCCGCCUGAUUCGACGCCAUCUCAGUUCCUCCCUGAGUAUGGGCCUGGGACAUCCGCAGCACGCGAACGAUCUGGAGGUGGAGUUCUACCAAGUUAACGGCCUUGAGGGUAGCAUCGCCUCGUUCAGCAUUGAUCUUGAGCAGGACCAACUCUAUUGGCUGGUCUCAAGUCCCGUCGCGUUGCUCCUUUACCGGGCUGCUCUUGGUGCGGACUCCGUCCAGGACUCCCAGCAACUGUUGCAGAGCUGGCCUGGCAGGGAUGCUCUGCCUCAGAGCCUUCAAUUGAUCCGACCCCUUGGUGCUCUGCUCUGGCUGGAGCGGGACGGACGCCGAGCACUACUCGCCAGGACAACAGCCCUGAACGAUACCAUGGAUCUGUCGCCACAGGGCCUCGAAUCCGCCGCCUCCUCGUUGCAGCUCGUUGACCCAACAGCCCCUCCACCACCCGAUGCUGGGGUCAUACCCUCGGCGGUGCCCCCCGACAGCGUCCGCCUGGACGACGGCCACUGGGAUGACUUCCACGUGCGCUGGCAGCCGGCGACUAGCGGAGGCAACCACAGCAUCUCCUACCGACUGCUCGUAGAGUAUGGCUCGCUACUGCAAACCCUCGACGUGGCCACCCCAUUCGCCCGUCUCACACACCUUCCGCAGGCGCAGCUCUUGCUAAAGAUCAGCAUCACGCCCCGUACCGGCUGGCGCUCCGGCCCCACCUCCCACGUGCAGCUGUGCACUCCCGCCGCGGCUGCCACUCAGCCGCGGCGCCUGCGCGUGUUCGUUGAGCGCAUGGCCACGCCCUUGGUGCCGCCGAGCAUCGGGGCCCUGCUCCGCUGGGACGCGCCCGAGCAGGCGACUGCUCCGGGGCAGACUCUAGAGUACUGCAUCAGCUGCUGGCUGGGAUCGGAGAUCCACGCGGAGCUUCUGCUGAACCAGAGCAUGCUCGAGGCCCGGGUGGACCACCUACAGUCGGACCAAACCUACCGCUUUCAGGUAGAGGCGCGUGUGGCAUCAACGGGGGCGGCCGCUGGCGCUGCCAGCCACGCCCUUCACGUUACGCCUGAGGUGCAGGCCGUCCCCCGCCUGGUCUUUGCCAACACAGAGUUCAUCGGGGAGCUGGACCUGGACAGCCAGCUGCGACGCCGUCUGGUGCACACCGCCAGCCCCGUGGAGCACCUGGCCACCAUGGAGGGGGAGCAGCGGCUUCUAUGGGUCAACGAGCAUGUUGAGCUGCUCACCCACGUUCCGGGAUCCGCGCCCGCCAAACUCGCCAGGAUGCGGGCGGAGGUUCUUGCCCUCACCGUCGACUGGGUGCAGCGCAUCGUCUACUGGGCCGAGCUGGAGGCGGGUCAGGAGGCGCCGUCGUCGCAUGUGGCAGUGAUAUACCGCCUGGACCUGUGCCGCUUCGAGGGACGCAUCCUCCCAGGCGAGCGUCUGUGGAGCACUCCGCAGGGCCACCUGCUGAGGGACUUAACGGCCCUGCCACACAGCCGAGCCCUGGUCUGGCUGGAGCACGAGGCCGGCUCCCGGAAUGCCACACUUCGGGGCCGCAGUCUCGCCGACGGAUCGCCCAUUCCCCUCGAUUCGCCCACAGCCCUCUUUCGACUGCACGAGGGCAGCCUGGAGCCGGGGACGGAGACGAUAAACUUGGUGGACCAUCGGGGCAAAGUGUGCGUCUACGACGUGACCCGCCAGCUCUGCACAGUCACCGGCCUGCGCAGCCAACUGCAUCUGAUGGCAAAGGACGGCGAACAGUUGGCCCAGGACGCGGGCUAUCUCUAUGCUCUGCGCAACGGCAGCAUCCGCGCCUACGGUCGGAGGCGCCACCAGCUGGAGUAUCACGUCGAGCUGGAGCCGGAAGAAGUGCGGCUGCUGCAGGCUCACAACUACCAAGCGUACCCCAGCCGACGCUGCCUGCUCCUCCCGCCCGCCGCUGCCCUGGAACCCACUGCCGUCCGGUGCGAUGAGCUGCAAUGCACCAUGACCCUGUCCCAGCUGCAUGCCUUCUCGGACUGCGCGCUGCCCGUACCAGGUCUGAGCUUCCAGCUGAACCUCACUGCCCUGGAAGGAGGGCAGAGCGAGGGGGCGGCACACCUGUGGCUGGGUGGAUCGGGAGACACCAUCAACAUUACAGGGCUGCAGCCCUACUCAAGAUACCAGCUGAUAGCUUCUUUGAGCAGCUACUAUCAGCGCCGCCUGGGCCUCGACGACCUGUCGUUGCCGACCACGGAGGUGCGCACUGCUCCAGCCUCUCCCACGGCCCCCAGGAACUUUAGCGCCCGCGUCCUGGGCCCCAGCGAGGUGGAGGUCAGAUGGGCUCCGCCCGCCCAGCUCCGCAGCGAGGGCGUUCACUACACGCUCCACUGGCAGGAGGACUCCACUGGGAACGGCACGGAGCAGGAGCAAAUGGAGCGUAGAGUGGAGUCUGCGGGGGUGCAUAGGCUGAGGGGGCUGCGUUCCGGGUCUAGCUACCGGAUCUGGGUGCUGGCCCAUGCCACGCCCACAAAAUUCAACAGCAGCAGUCUGCUGCACGUUCGGACGUACGUGAGGCUGCCGGAACUGCAGCUGCUGGAGCUGGGACCAUACGCAUUGACCCUCUGCUGGGCAGGAACCUCGGACACGCUGACCUCCCUAGUCCUCGAGUGCCGCUCAGCGGCGGAACAUCUGCGCUUUGAAGUAGCCGGAAACCACUCCUGGAUGGUGGUGGAGCCACUGAAGCCGCGCACGCUCUACAAGUGCCACCUGCAGCUCCUAUUCGCGUCCUCCCCAGGCGCCCCAGUCUACAGGGGACCGAGCCAGAAAUACGUGACACUCGGGGAUGCACCUGGUGCGCCGGGAAGGCCACGACUGCAGCACAUUACCGGUGAGAUCUUCCGGGUGAACUGGAGCGCGGCCCGCGGCAAUGGGGACCCCAUCGACCUCUACAACCUCGAGGCGCUGCAGGCCAGGGCCAAGUCCAGGUCCAGACGAAGGCGCCGCAGACAGAGUGUGGGAGGGGGCCGGCUAGCCCUGCUCCCAUGGGCCGAGGAGCCGGUGGCCAUCGAGGACCAGUGGCUAGACUACUGCAACACCACCGAGCUGAGCUGCAUCGUGCGGAGUCUGCACUCGAGCCGCCUGCUCCUGUUCCGUGUGCGCGCCCGCAGCCACGAGCAUGGCUGGGGGCCAUACAGCGAGGACAGCGACCGAGUCUCGGAGCCCUUCGUCUCUCCCGAGAAGCGCGGCUCCCUGGUGCUAGCCAUCAUUGCCCCGGCGGCCAUUGUGUCCAGCUGUGUGCUGGCCCUGUUCCUGGUCCGCAAAGCAGUGCAAAAGCGGCGCGUGCGGGCCAAGAAGCUGCUGCAGCAGAGCCGUCCAAGCAUCUGGAGCAACCUGUCAACGUUGCAUACCCAGCAACAAUUUCUGGUCGGCCGCAGCCGCACCUUUUCCACGACGCUCAGCGACGCGGACAUCGCCCUGCUGCCGCACAUCAGUCGCAGCCAAUUGACCCUUCGCCGCUUCCUCGGCAGCGGAGCCUUCGGCGAGGUCUACGAGGGAGCCUUGCAGGCGGAGGACAAAAAGGAUACGCAGCGCGUGGCCAUCAAGAGCCUGCGAAAGGGCGCCAGCGAGUUUGCCGAACUGCUGCAAGAGGCGCAACUAAUGAGCAACUUUAAGCAUGAAAAUAUUGUAGGCCUUGUGGGCAUCUGCUUUGACGCCGACUCCAUCGCUCUGAUCAUGGAACAUAUGGAGGCGGGCGAUCUCCUCUCAUACCUAAGAGCUGCUCGACCCAAGUCUCAUGAGGAAUUCAGGGGACUGUCGCUGUCGGAGUUACUUUCCAUGUGCAUUGACGUGGCCAAUGGCUGCUGCUAUCUGGAGGACAUGCACUUCGUCCAUCGUGAUCUCGCCUGUCGCAACUGCCUUGUGUCUGAGGAUGCAGACGCGGGGAACGGGCAAGGGCACCGGCGUGUGGUGAAGAUUGGCGAUUUUGGCCUGGCCCGCGACAUCUACAAGAGCGACUAUUACCGAAAAGAGGGCGAGGGGCUGCUCCCAGUACGAUGGAUGGCCCCGGAGAGCCUCGUGGAUGGGGUGUUCACCACCCAGUCAGAUGUGUGGGCUUUUGGCGUUCUCUGCUGGGAGAUCCUUACCCUGGGCCAGCAGCCGUAUGCGGCUAGGAACAACUUCGAGGUGCUCGCCUAUGUCAAGGAUGGUGGACGCCUCCAUCAACCCACCAUCUGUCCCGACAAAAUGCACUCCUUGCUCUUGAUGUGCUGGCGCACAGAUCCAUCGGAACGACCCAGCUUCAGGCGUUGCUUUAAUGCUCUUCAUGCCAUUAUCAUGGAUCUGCGCCGCAACCAAAUGCCGAAUGUCGACUCAAGCACUGCGGGAUCUAAUUCGGAAGCCGCUUCCGCAUUCGGACCAGAGCUCAAGGUGCGCUUCGAUGAGCAUUUGGAGAAGGCUGCGGCGCAGGAAAAGGAGGACACGAAAGAGCCAGAGGGCGUGUCACUUCGGAAUGUGUCCAGCCACAGUCCGUCUGAACAGCUGUAUGCCAACGAGGGGAUCUCCCGCCUUUAGGCAGACCAGCGUUUUUCUCCAGAUGUCGUCUCAAAUGAGCGCGCUCUUUUUCCGUUUCCGAUGCAUCACGAUGCUGGAAGAAAUCAGUCUCUGAGACCAACCAGUUGGGCAAUGUUAACGAACUAGCUUUCCAAUUUACGCUUAAGAAGAAAUGUUUGAUUAAAUGUAUCUUAUCCGCGAGAAUACAUCGAAAGUAAGCAAACUGCAAGAAACUGGCCCAUUACGAAGUCGUUUGAUACAUGAUAUCUGAGUCUCCUGGUUUCCUUCUGUCAAUCUCUCUCCCCACUUAUAAGUGUUAUGUUUAUACGAAUUCACGGGAGAUUCACUGAUAUGAUAUGGCACUACCAGCACUUCGAUACGAUGUUUGCAAAUGUUCAAACUAUUUUUUUUGAACAUUCCAUCUUCUGAGCUCUUCGGUAGAGCUGCGUACCUCGAUGUUUAGAACAAAAAACUUGGAUGGUACUAUAUAUCCGGUACGAAAUAUCGGGAUUUAGGAG